ACCCCCCUAAUCUCUCUCAUCUCUCAUGGACGAGCCCGUGAGGUGAGGACGACGAAAGAAGAGAGACUUCUCUGAUGACCCUUCUCCAUUACCAGAUAAGCAAGCUCUCUCUCUCUCUCUCUCUCUCUCUCUCUCCCUCUCCCUGAAUGGAAUGUCGUGGCUUCACGUACUGUGUGCGUUCUUGCGGUGCUUUCUUUCGUAGCGAGCGGUGGUUCGACCAACUUGGGUCGCGCAGAAACGCCCCUUGACUCUGGUAUCGUCUGCUGUACAUAGCCACCGGGUCUUGUUAUCUUCCUUCUCACCCCAUGGCUGUUUUGACAAUCUGCCCUUCUGCUUCUUGUUGUGUGAGUAUUGGUUUCGGCCCAGCUGUGUCCGACUAUAAUUUACUUCCAUUGAGGAGUACAUUUGGGGAUUUGAAAGCUCCCAAACGCUGGUCUAUUGGAAAGUCGAAUGGGAACGGUAUAAAACGAGCUGGGUUCCGUUUGUUUGUGGUUAAUUGUUCGAAAGACGGGGUUUUUCCGAAGGUGCGGCGAAGAGGGUCCUUGUGUCCUGAAGAAGUUCUUGAUGUUCUGAAGAUGAGUUCGAGCCCCGAACAGGCUUUUGCAUACUUCAAUUCGGUCGCCGACUCGCCCGGCCAGGUCGUUCAUACCACUGAAACUUGCAAUUGCAUGCUCGAAAUCCUCAGGGUGCACAGGAAAGUGGAAGAGAUGGUGGUUGUGUUCGAUAUGAUGCAAAUGCGAAUAAUCAACCGGAAUUUGAGCACUUACUUGAUUAUCUUUAAGAGUUUGCAUGUAAAAGGUGGCAUUCGGCAAGCGCCAUUUGCGCUUGAAAAGAUGAGAAAAGCUGGUUUUGUUUUGAAUGCGUAUUCAUAUAAUGGCUUGAUAUACCUGCUGCUUCGGUCUGGUUUUUGUAAUGAAGCUUUGGAGGUGUAUCGAAGGAUGGUUUCCGAAGGGCUGAAGCCUAGCAUGAAGACUUAUUCGGCAAUCAUGGUAGCUCUGGGAAAGAGAAGGAACACUGAAAUGGUGAUGAGUCUUUUGAAGGAGAUGGAAAAUUUGGGACUGAAGCCAAACAUAUACACCUUUACUAUAUGCAUCAGAGUAUUGGGAAGGGCUGGUAAAAUAGACGAGGCACGUGAAAUACUGAAGCGAAUGGACAGCGAGGGAUGUGGGCCUGAUGUGGUUACUUACACUGUGCUUAUUGAUGCUCUAUGUAAUGCAGGAAAACUCAAUGAUGCCAAAGAGUUAUUCUUCAAAAUGAAAAAUAGCAGCCAGAAGCCUGAUAGAGUAGCUUAUAUUACUUUGCUAGACAAAUUUAGUGACCGGGGUGACUUAGAAUCAGUGAGGCAAUUCUGGAAUGAAAUGGAAGAUGAUGGUCAUGAUCCUGAUGUUGUUACUUAUACAAUUCUUGUUAAUGCAUUUUGUAAAGCUGGCAAUGUGGAUGAAGCAUUUGCCACUUUGGAUGUCAUGAAGAAGCAAAGAAUCUUGCCUAAUCUGCAUACAUAUAACACAUUGAUAUGUGGCCUCCUCAGUGUAAAUAGACUGAAUGAUGCGUUAGGAAUAUUUGGCAGUAUGGAGUCUUUGGGUGUAAAGCCAACUGCUUAUACAUACAUCCUCUUCAUUGACUACUACGGAAAAGUAGGAGAUUCUAGAAGUGCUCUCGAGACAUUUGAUAAUAUGAAAGAAAGGGGCAUCAUUCCCAAUCUUGUUGCGAUUAAUGUGUCUUUAUAUAGUCUUGCAGAAGUUGGAAAAAUUGGUGAAGCAAAAGAAAUCUUUUAUGGUCUCAGAAAUAGUGGACUUGCCCCAGAUUCUAUAACCUAUAACAUGAUGAUGAAGUGCUAUAUUAAGGCGGGGCAAGUGGAUGAAGCCAUUAAGUUGCUAUCUGAGAUGAUUGAGAGUGGUUGUGACCCAGAUGUGGUCAACAUCAACUGUUUAAUUGAUGCACUUUACAAGGACGGUCGGCGAGACGAGGCAUGGAAAAUGUUUCAUAAGAUAACCGUCAUGAAGCUAGUCCCUACCACUGUGACAUACAACACAUUGCUUGCUGGGUUGGGGAAAGAUGGUCAAGUGCAGAAGGUCCUUAAACUUUUUGAGAGUAUGACCAGGAAGGGGUGCCCACCAAACACAAUAACUUUUAACACACUGUUUGAUUGCCUUUGCAAGAACGAUGAGGUGGAUUUGGCCAUUAAUAUGAUGUACAAAAUGGCAGAGGUGGGAUGUUAUCCUGAUGCUUUGACUUACAACACUAUCAUCUCUGGUUUAAUUAAGAUUAACAGUGUCCAUCGUGCAUUCUGGUUCUUUUUUCAGAUGAAGAAAUCACUCUAUCCUGACCAUGUAACUAUAUGCACCCUCCUUCCUGGCAUUGUGAAAGAUGGUAGGGUUAAGGAUGCUGUUAAGAUUGCUGACAAUUUUGUCAAUCAGGACAUGGUCUGUGUUGAUGGGGCCUUUUGGCAAGAUUUAAUGUCUGGUGUUUUGAGUGAAGCAGGCAUAUCCAAAGCAGUUGUAUUUGCUGAAGAGUUGGUGUGUAACAGGAUAUGCCGAGAUGACUCUGUGUUGAUACCACUGGUCAGAAUGUUAUGUAAGCAUAAGAAAGCCCUUCAUGCAUAUGCCACGUUUGAAAAUUUUACCAAAGACCUGGGGGUUAUUUCAACAGUAGAAACAUAUAAUUCUUUGAUUAAUGGGCUUCUUGACAUCCAUCGGAUGGAAAAGGCAUGGGAUGUUUUCAAUGAUAUGAAGACUGCAGGUUGCGCACCAGAUAUUUUUACAUACAACCUUCUACUCGACAGCCUUGGAAAGUCUCGGAAAUGUAGUGAACUUUUUUUAUUGUAUGAGGAGAUGCACCGGAAGGGCUGCAAGCCUAACACCGUGACUCACAAUAUAAUCAUCUCCAGUCUUGUGAAGUCAAAUGACUUGGAUAGAGCCGUGGAUUUGUACUACCAUCUGGUAAGUGGAGAUUUUAGACCCACUCCUUGUACAUAUGGCCCUCUCAUAGAUGGACUCUUGAAGUCAGGAAGACUGGAGGAAGCGAAGAAGAUCUUUGAAGAGAUGGGGGACUACGGCUGCUGGCCUAAUUGUGCGAUAUACAACAUACUGAUUAACGGGUAUGGGAAGAUGGGAGAUGUGGAGAAUGCAUCUCUUCUAUUUAGAAGUAUGAUCAAGAAGGGAAUAAGACCUGAUUUGCGGUCAUACACCAUUAUUGUGGAUUGCCUCUGUAUGGUGGGCAGAGUGGAUGAUGCUCUGCACUACUUUAAUGAGCUGAAACUAACUGGCCUUGAUCCUGACUUGGUUGCAUAUAAUCUUAUAAUUGAUGGACUUGGCAGAUCGCGUAGAAUAGAUGAAUCUCUCUCUUUGUUUGAAGAGAUGCACAAUAAAGGUAUACGUCCCGACCUCUACACUUACAACUCCUUGAUACUCAAUCUAGGGAUUGCUGGAAUGGUGGAACAAGCUGGGAAAAUGUAUGAUGAAAUACACCUUAAUGGCCUUAAACCAAAUGUCUUCACGUAUAAUGCUCUUAUUCGGGGAUACAGUUUGUCAGGAAAACCGGAUUCUGCAUAUGCAGUCUACAAAAGGAUGAUGGUUGGUGGCUGCAGCCCUAACCCAGGAACAUUUGCACAGCUCCCUAAUUAAUCACUAUUGGCUUUUGACCCUGCUUUAUAAUUUGUUGCUCCUUAUGGUGAUGUCCAUAAUGAAGACAAGUUAGGUUAACGUGAAAAGAUUUGGACCGAUGGACAUGGCUAUUGUUUAUGCUUUCCAUUUUGCACAGGAUGCUUCUCUGAAGUUAGAGUUCGGAUUCUACCACUUUGCAAAACAUUGUUUGGUAUCUCAGGAUGCAUUGAAGCAUUUUGGCAUGCCUCUGGUACGUUUCGGUGUUUGUGUGGGUUGUGAUUAAUCUUUUUUACAUACCCCAGGAUCAACAGCAAUGGAGCUCAGAACAUGGAGAGCAAACUGCUGUUGUUGAUGAUAUCACUGUGGACUUCCUGGAUGGCUAGUUUGUCCAUAAAGCAAAUCAUUUACCAUAGUUCUUGGUGGCUGCAUUUUUUUUUUGGAGCUUCUAUCAGCAUCAAAUGUUUUCCUUCUGUAGCCGUUCUCCAAUUAAAUCACUUGAUUGAUCCCUGCAUCUAGGAAGAGCUUUGGUUAUUAUGUGAUCAAACUCUUCUCUAGAUGGUAUCUAACCUGGUUGACUCUUGAUGAUCUGUUCUUUGGGAUGGCACCUUGUAAUUUACAUUUGUACAGCAAUUACCAAUGUAUCAUAGGAAUUAUUAUUUUCAAAUAGAAAGUAUUUAUCUCCUGCCUUGCUGGGAGGAUAGCUUACAGAGGAAGUGUCUAUAUGGGAUUUACUGAUGAUGGGGGAGAGGAGCGUAACUUUGUUUUUGGUGCAUCUGGUGUUAUUAAUUUCUAUAAUUUUUAGCAAUAAUAAUGAUAAUAAAAUGUAUAUUUCUGACUA